CCCCCCAAACCGCUCAUGACGCGCCCGACGCCCGACGAAGUGGAGACCUUGACCGACCUGGCCAGCGCCGCCUACGGCUCGCGCGUGCUGUUCGCGACGGACGAGUGGUUCGCGCCAGCCAGCGACCUGCUGCGGCCGGAGCCGCCGGUCUUCAUCGCCGACAAGUUCACGAGCUUCGGCAAGUGGAUGGACGGCUGGGAGACGCGCCGCAAGCGCAUCGCCGGCCACGACUGGUGCGUGCUGGCGCUCGGCCUGCGCGGAGCUGUGGACGUCGUGGACGUGGACACGGCCUUCUUCACGGGCAACAACGCGCCGCGCGUGUCCAUCCAGGCCGCCGACUUCUCCCAGCAGAGCGAGGCGCUGCGGAUCCUCUCGGCCAGAGCCACGGAGCAGCGCGCGAUGGGCGUCUGCGCCUCGGCCGAGGAGCUCAAGCUGGCCGAGCAGCUCCAGUCGCACCAGUGGACGGAGAUCGUCCCGCCCACGGAGCUCGGGGCUGGCUACGCCGAGACGCGCCACAACCUGCUGCGCGUGCCGCCGUCCAAGAGAGGGCCGUGGACGCACCUGCGCGUCAACAUGUUCCCCGACGGAGGCAUUGCACGUCUACGGGCGUACGGAGAGGUGGUGAUGGACUGGAGCCGCGUGUCGAGCUCGCAGUUGCUGGAUCUGGUGAGUGUCGAGCACGGCGGGCAGGUGGUGGGCUUCAACGACGCUCACUACGGCCACCCGCGCAAUCUGAUGGCGCCGGGGCGCAGCAAGACGAUGGCCGAUGGGUGGGAGACUGCGCGCAAGGCGACGCGCCCGGCCAUUCUCAAGGCGGACCCCAAGACCGGGCUGCUGGAAGUGCCAGGCAAGGACUGGGUCGUGCUCAAGCUGGGGCACCUGGGAGUGGUGCAGCAAGUUGAAGUCGACACGAACCACUUCAAGGGCAACUUCCCUGAGAGCUGCGUGGUGUACGGUACGCGAUUCGAGGGUGAAGAGGACAAGCUACUGAAGGAUGGAGCCGUUAAGUGGGAAGUGCUGCUGCCCCGGGUGAAGCUGGAGGCGCACAAGCAGCACUAUUUCUCCGUCACGGGCGGCAACGUGAACCUCAUUCCCGGUGGUGUCAACUACAUCAAGCUUGAGAUGUUCCCCGAUGGCGGCAUCAGCCGGCUCCGUUUGCGUGGUCACAAGAAGGACGCUACCGCGCGGCUGUAAGCUGCAGGAUCCGGCGUGUAUUCAAAGUCUAUUGGGUUUCAGGCUCAGUAUGAUUCUUCAGCGCCCAUGGCCUCUGCUUGAGUAGUUUCUUCUUCUUCUUCUUCACAGCGAUACAGAUCUCUACGUGGUGGUCGAAAGUAGAUGCCCUCCCUGCACGCAGACAGAAUCAAAUCAACUGUCAAUGAAAUUCUCACAUG